CGUUUCUGCUUACCACGCCGCGGCCCACGAAGGUCAUUCCUUUCAACUUUCUUCGAGGCCAGUCAGUCUUGGAUCCCGCCAUAUCGUUAUUUCUGUGGAAACAUAUUCACAUCAUGGCGACCAGCACCGCCACGCUACCUGGCAGCACCAUCCCGGUCGAGUCGAUCAUUUACAUCCGCAGGCGGCAGCCAGAACAGCAAGAUCCCGCGGGUUAUGAUGUCUACGGACUCGAGGAGGUUGCCAAGGCUGCUGGCGAAGCCGGACAGCAGCAGACUGGCUACAGACUCCUGCACGAGCAACUAACUUCAGUUCCGCAAACUUGGAUUGAUGAGUUGCUGGUGUCCGAGAUCCCCGCGUAUCUGCGGAGCGAACGGCGCGACCGGCAAGUACACGUCGUGGUGUCCACAAAGUCCGGCACGGGCCGGGCGUCGGACUUUGAGCGCAACGUUUUGCACAAGAUCUUCCACGAGCUCGGCUUGCGUGAAACCGACGAUUCGGGCCACGGCAGCGAGACGGCGUCUGAAGAAAGCAAGACAAGCUAUUAUCACGUCGAGAACACCAGUGGCCCGCAAAGCAUAGGGGCUUUUGGCAGUAGCCUCGGAUCGUCAGGCAAGCACACGAUCGUCUUGCUUAGCGGCGAUGGUGGUGUCGUGGAGCUUCUCAACGCCAUUGACACGAGGCAAGAGGCGGACCACGAGGCUGGCGGUAGUCAGCCAGAACCACGGCAACCUCUGAUUGCCGUCCUCCCUCUAGGCACUGGCAAUGCGCUGUUCAACUCCCUGCAUAAGCAGACGGUCUCGGGUACCCCGGCUGUCUCUCCUCUGGUCCAAGGACUCCGGACCUUACUUCGUGGAAAGGAUGCGCCCCUCCCGUGCUUCCGGGCAGAGUUCUCGCAAGGCUCGCACUUGGUCCACGGCUCCGACCGUGGCGAGCUCGUAUCUAAGCUCUAUGGUGCGAUAGUGGCCAGCUAUGGGUUUCACAGCCAGCUCGUCUGGGAAAGCGACACGGAAGAGUACCGGAAGCACGGCGACAAACGUUUCCAAAUGGUUGCUGGCGAGCUCCUCAAGGAGGCGCACGGAUACCAGGCCACUGUGGAGCUGCUCUCGUCGACGUCGUCGGACGGCAGGCCCGGCUCGGCGACCAAGAUCGACCGGGACCGGCACGCGUAUAUCCUAGCAACGAUGGUGUCCAACCUCGAGAGGACGUUUACCAUCUCUCCACACAGCAAGCCGUUGGACAACACGUUGCGGCUCGUGCACUUUGGCAUCGGCAACGGCCCAGAACAGGGCAAGCGGAUCAUGGAUGUCAUGAUGAAGGCCUAUGAUGACGGGAAACACAUUGGCAUGCGGUGGACCGACGCCGACGAGGCUGCGGAGGGCGGGGAUGGUGGUAGCGGGCAGGAGUAUGCCGUGGGCUACGACGAGGUUCCGACGGCGGUCAAGAUCACUACCCACGAGUCCGACGACAGAUGGCGAAAGGUGUGUAUUGACGGGACGAUUGUCGAGAUCCCCGAAGGCGGAAGCAUGACUGUGUCGCGCGAGACGGCUGGGCGGCUGCGUAUCUUGGUAGAUCCGGCAGCUCUCGAGGAGUAAGCUCAGUUGGCAUGGUGCCGCUCUGGUUCGAGAGACUGUGCAUAGCUGUGCUAGUCAGUGCCGGUGCAGGAUCCGUUGCAUAUACUUUCUGUUCUGCAUAUAGAACAAUCUCGAGUCAUAGAAUGAACCCGAUACAGUCCAGCACAAACAAUUCUCCCUAGACCAACCAGCCUCUGCUCCGCAAUUUUCUGUGGAAAAGGAAGUCAUUGUUCCAUGAGACGAGAUACGAGACCUGUCACUCAACAUGGUGCCAGCCCAUGUACUUCCCAGUGGUUCCCGAAACUCCAGUUGCAAUCGUACAUGUUCCAAU